ACACGUAUUUCUGAUUUUCUAUUCAUUUAAAAUACUUUUUAGGACCCUAGGAUAUUGUUUCUUCCUUUAACAUGGUCCUUCAGCCGUGGAACAAGUAAGUGUUUUAUUAAAAUCAGUGCGUCAAUUUGAGCGAAUUCCAUCAAGCAAAAUUUCUGUUCGUCUCGUUCGGCGUAGCAGAUUUUGAAGGUGCCGCCAUUGUGCCGCGCCAGCAACGUUCGACGAGCCGGCAGCAACGCGUUCUAUAAACGCAUCUCCGAAUUUACUGCGCUGCGCUGCGAGCCAUAUCGCGCGCGCGUGGAAAGGAGCGACAGAAACAAACAAGUAACGUUUGGGUUUGAAUGUACUUGUCAAUUAUUUUGUUUCAGAAAAUUUGGUGAAAAAAUAUAGUAAAUUUAGCUUGUUGUGUGUGUGCACGUUAAAAGGUUAUGCAUGGUGUGGUGUUUUAAAACAUGGAGAAAUCCGAAGAAGAGCGUCGUGCGCUUGUAGCGCGCCGGGGCGCUAAAAAAGCAGCGCUAACGAGGAUUAAAAACAAAAUGGACUCGACCUACGUCAAUGACAUCGAGAUGUUGAAAUUGAUGAUAGAGAGGGCCCAGGAGGCAUUCGAUGGCUAUGAGCAGCUCACACUGGAUGUAGGAGACCAGGAGGAUCCCGAACCCAUCGAAACCACAUACUUCGAGUGUGUCGCCGCGAUGCGAAAUCGCAUCGUAGAGUUGUCUGGACCUGGACCCACCUCUUCAGACGCUAGAUCGGUAGCGCCAGCGACGCCCCACGUAUCUUCUAAAUUAAAAUUACCUAAUAUAGAGAUGCAAACUUUCUCAGAAAGUCGGGCACUUGCCCUAGAGAACAGUGAGGGACGGGGUGAUACAGCAAGCGGUGCUGCGAGUAAGGUAGCUGUAGCUAAGGCAGCUUCAUCAUCGUUUGUCACUACUAAACCAUCCCAGGACUGCCUAUACUGUGUGCCUGUUGUCGCAGCCUGAGGAGCUGCGCGAUCCUGAUGCCGCACCCAGCUUGGUACACACACAGUUUGGUUACAUUGUAGGAGGUGAUGUUCCAUCUUCUAUUCUUAAGCGACCUGCUGUCACUCUUUUCUGUCAAGAAUGUCAAACUGAUAUACGUGAUACGAUGUCCAAUUUUUGGCAUACAGAAAAAGUACCUGAAAUAUAUGCGGAACAUACAUCUGAACAACAGCAGUGCGAAAAAUUGUUCACUGAAACUGUCAAACUAGAAGAUAAUCAAUUUACAGUUUCUUUGCCAUUGAAAAUACCUAUCUAUGAUGUGAACAAUACAUUAGGAGAUUCAUUUGGGCUAGCUCUUAAAAGAUUCUAUAAUCUAGAAAAGAGAUUUCAGAAGGAUCAGAUGUUGUAUGACGGGUAUAAGGAUUUCAUACAUGAAUAUAUUGAUUUAGGUCAUGGAUCAUAUGUUGACAUUUCCUCAUAUGAUCUUAAUAAAGAUCCUGUCUAUUUUAUGGGACAUUCAGCUGUUUUGAGGCCCGAUGCAGUCUCUACAAAGCUUCGUGUGGUUUUUGACGGAUCAAUGCUAACAAGCAAUAAGAUUUCACUGAAUAAUAUUUUAAUGAAUGGCCCAAUUGUUCAGCAGGAGUUAUUUGACAUACUGUUGUCUUUCAGGGUACACAAGUAUUUCAUUGCUUGUGACAUUAGGCGUAUGUUCCGCAAUAUAUUAAUUCAAAAAGAGCAGCGUUCUUUGCAAAACAUUCUUUGGCGAGACACUCCAAAUGAGUCAAUAAAGUGUAUUCAAUUAAACACUGUCUCCUAUGGCAUGAAGUCAUCUAGUUAUCUUUCAACAAAAUGCCUGAAUGAGCUGGCCACAAGAUUUGAGAGGCAAUAUCCUCUGGCCAGUUCGGCAAUACUUAACUCGACCUAUGUAGAUGACAUCAUACAUACAGAGAAUAGCUUGGCAAAGAUUGUUGACACACAAAACCAAUUGAUAGAAUUACUUGCUAAAGGUAGUUUUACUUUGCAUAAAUGGGCAGCCAAUGACCCUUCAAUUUUGACAAACAUUCCAGUAGAACAGCAGGUUGUUGGGGAACUGGAACUCAAUAAGGACAUCAAAACUUUGGGUUUAAAGUUAGAUAUUGACUCUGAUUCUUUUAAACUUUCAUGUCCAAUGUCAAAAAAUGUCCCUAAGACAAAAAGGCAAAUUUUAAGCUAUAUAAGCCAGUUUUAUGACCCGUUAGGUCUAGCUGGACCCGUUUUUGUCCAAGCAAAAAUAAUCAUGCAAAAGUUGACUCAGUCUUGUACUGACUGGGACUCUGAGCCCUCACCAAUGCUAUUUAAAGAAUGGCUAGAUUUUUACAAUGAUUUGCAGGCAAUGAAAGAGAUUAAAAUCAAACGAAAUGUUACUGUUGACAAUAUUCAGUCUGCUCAGCUUGUAGCAUUUGGUGAUGCCUCAGUUUCUGCAUAUGGGACUGCUAUUUAUCUAAGAGUCACUGACAAGCAUGGUAAAGUAUCUAUGUCUCUUCUUUGUUCUAAGAGUCGCAUUGCAUCUAAAGACAAGAAAUUGACUGUGCCACGAUUAGAAUUAAAUGCAUCACUUUUAAUGGCAAAAUUAUGCUUGAGAGCAUACAAUACAUUAAGUAAGAAGAUUUCUAUUGAAAGUGUGCAUCUUUUCAGUGAUUCUCAGGUUGUUCUGGCAUGGCAAAAAACGGAUCCAACAAAGUUAAAUGCUUAUGUUGCUAAUAGAGUCAAAUUAAUCAACGAAUAUACAAAGGGUUUUCAAUGGUUGUAUAUAAAAACUGACCUCAAUCCCUCUGACUGUUUGAGUCGAGGUGUACAACCCAGCGAACUACAAGGUAACCAACUGUGGUGGUGUGGUCCAGCUUGCAUGUCUGAUCCAGAGUAUAAAUUCACCGAUGACUGUAAGAAUGUACCUGACAACUUACCGGAGAUCAAGCAUGCAGAUGGAUCCAAGCCGGUGUGCAUGGCAUCAUAUCAAUCGGUUUCUCUUGCAAAUGAUUUGUUAGAUAAGUUUUCUAACAUUAAUAAGGCAGUAAAUGUGCUUGCUUAUAUACAAAGGUUCUGUAAAAAUGUGAGGUUGGGUUCACAAAAAGUUAAGCUUAAUUUCAUUACAUUUAGCGAGGCCACUCAGGCAUUGCAUUUAAUUAUAAAAAAUGAACAGGAAAAGUUCUUUGAUAAAGAGCUAGCCUCAUUGCGGGCAGGUAGGCAAGUUGCAUCAUAUUUGCUGUCUGUCAAUCCCUUCAUUGAUGCUAAUGGCAUUCUCAGAGUAGGUGGACGUUUGCAACAUUCUUCCUUACCUUAUAGUCAAAAGCAUCAGAUAAUCUUACCUAAAGAGUCUAGGGUGACUCACCUUAUUAUUGAAAAUGAACAUUUGAAGCUGUUACAUGCCAGUCAAAAAGAAGUGCUUAGCAAUUUAAGUCAACGCUAUUAUAUAGUAAAUGGUUUGCGAUUGGUAAAAAAGUUUGUAAAUAAAUGUCUCACAUGUUUUAGACUAAAAGGUGUAACCGCAAAACAGCUGAUGGGUUCAUUGCCCGCUGGUAGGGUCAACAUAGACCGUGCGUUUGCUAAGGUUGGCAUAGACUUUGCGGGACCAAUCCUAAUAAAGCAGUCAAGAGUGAGAAGUGUCAUCACUACAAAAGGUUACAUUGCUGUGUAUGUGUGCUUCGUUACCAAAGCAGUACAUUUAGAGUUGGUGUCAGAUCUGACUACUGAUACAUUCUUGGCUAGCUUCAAACGUUUCAUUGCAAGACGUAAUGUUCCAACCGAGGUUUAUUGUGACAAUGCUGCUACUUUUAAGUCAGCUAGUACUCAGUUGUCUGAGCUAUAUAAAUUAAAUAAUAAUAGAUGUCAUCAAAUGCAAGUUCAAAAUGUAACUGCCAAAUUGGGAACAACAUUCCAUUUCAUACCUAGUUACUCCCCUGUCUUCGGAGCCUUAUGGGAAGCGGCGGUGAAAAGUUUGAAAUACCAUCUGAAAAGAAUGUUGGGCUCACAUGUUUUAACAUAUGAAUUAUUAUACACACUACUUGUUCAAAUUGAAGGUAUUUUGAACAGUAGGCCGAUAACGCCAAUGUCAUCAGAUACAGAGGAUCUUUCCUACUUAACGCCGGGGCAUUUUUUAACCGGUGCUCCCUUAACUUGCUAUCCUGAGCAGGAUAUCACGAACUUACCUGAUAAUAGAUUAAAGUUUUGGCGGAAAUGCACUGCAUUGCAGCAACACUUUUGGCGAUAUUGGUCUAAACAAUACCUAAAUGUCUUGCAAAACCGUCCUAAAUGGAAGACUGCUUUGCCUAAUAUUAAAGUAGGUGCUCUAGUUAUCUUGCGUGAAAUAGAUACUCCACCUAUGACUUGGCCUAUGGCUAGAGUAACCAAGGUUUUUCCAGGUCAGGAUGGGAAGGUAAGAGCCUUAGAAGUAAAAAAGGCAAAUGGUAAAGUGCAUACAACUUCUAUUACCAAAGUUUGUAUACUGCCUUUAGAUGAAUAAUAUUUUUCUUUAAACAAAAUGUGUUAUGUGACACUUUCAUAAUAUGCUAUGUUGAUAUUUAGUUCAGUGUAUUAUGACAUGGCUAAAAAUCCUACUAAAUUAUAACUGUUCUAUGAGUAGGUAGUCAUGGUAUGGAUUAUUUAUGUUGAUGCUGGUUGCAUCCAAUGUUUAUUUUGUUCUAUAAAAUGUGUCUUAUGUUAUUUACUAUUUCAUAACUACAUCAGCAAUCUUGUGAAAUUGCCUACAUAGCUGCUUAUUAAGUUUUUUAGUAAGUGUUAACAUAAUUUAAAUUUACAAACCUUAAAAGAUUACAGUCCACUCAAAUAUAAAGCUGUGUAAUGCAACUAUGCAAGAAGCUAAUAAAAAUGUAGUAUAUUAUAUAUUUAAGAAGCUAUUGAUUUCAAGCCUAUUUGUUAUUUUCUGUCGGCGGAGUAUGUUGCAGAAUGUAGUUUGUAUACCUAUGUAUGUCUUAUGACUAGCAACAUUAAUAUUAAUGGUUUCCAUGGUAACAUAUGUACAAUUUCUUCUUGGACAAUAUAUCAUUCGUCUCACACGUAUUUCUGAUUUUCU